AGCGCUAUAAAACCCAGACGGAGGAGAACGCACAGUUUUGUCAGAUACUGAGACGGACGAAGAGGAUCAAGGUGACAGUGGAGCGCAGUUUAUUCACUAUUUAUAGUUUGUUUAGGACGAAAGAUUCGACUUAUGAGAGUCACAAGAGUGGAUAUAAACACCAGCAGCAAGUGAGGAUCAGGAGUACUCGGUGAAGGUGGGAAGACGGCAACAUGGCAGUCUCCACACAGCUGGGUCUGCUGCUAUGGAAGAACUUCACCUUCCGCCGGAGACAGACUGUCCAGCUGCUGAUCGAGAUCAUCUGGCCCCUGUUCAUCUUUUUUAUUCUGAUAUCAGUUCGGGUACAUUAUCCACCCUACGAGCAACAUGAAUGCCACUUCCCUAACAAAGCCAUGCCCUCCGCCGGUACUCUGCCCUGGGUACAAGGCAUCAUCUGCAAUGCCAACAACCCCUGCUUCCGUAGUCCUACACCUGGAGAGAGCCCUGGCAUUGUUGGGAAUUUUAAUGACUCCAUAAUUUCUCGCCUGUUUAUUGAUGCCAAGAAGAUCCUGCUCUACACUCAGAAUGAUAAGAGCUACGAAGGAUACAAGGGACUUCUGAGGGCCCUCAGGAAGCUUCAGAAGAACACUGCUGGCUUCAAGCUGAAGGACUUUUUGCGAGACAAUGAGACCCUUUCUCAAUUUCUUCACCACAACGCAUCUCUUCCUCACCACGCACUCAAGCACAUAUUGGAGGCUGAUGUCAAUUUGGAAAAGGUGCUCACUAAGGGGUUUGGAUUCCAUCUGCGAGACCUUUGCAAUACGACACCUCUGGAGGAGUUUGUCCACAUCGCCGACCACAAUGUGUCCAGUUUGACUCAAGAUAUAAUCUGCAAUUCAUCAACCGACUGGCUCAACAAAGCCCAGACCCACUUCCUCUCCAACCUGGACUUUCUCAAGCCCAUUCGGAGGGACGUGAGAUCAGAUCCUAAAGUUGUCCAGGAAGUCUCUGCUGCAACCGACAGUCUCCUGGAGAGCUUGGGAGCGUUGGCCGUGGAGUUUGCCAGUAUGAAGAGUUGGAAGGAUCUGCGAAAAGAGAUCGUGUAUCUAAAUGAGAAUCCAUCAGGGUCUCCAAACCAGAUGUACCAGGCGGUGUCACGUAUCGUCUGCGGACACCCAGAGGGGGGUGGCCUCAAAAUCAAAUCUCUCAAUUGGUAUGAAGACAACAACUACAAGGCCCUGUUCGGAAAUCACGGCAAUGACAGCGACAGUGAAUCCAUCUCCGCUUAUGACAACUCGUCCACCCCUUAUUGUAACAACAUGAUGAGGAACCUGGAGUCCAGCCCCAUUUCCAGGAUGAUCUGGCGAGCGCUGAAACCUCUUCUCAUGGGGAAGAUCUUGUAUACACCAGAUACCCCAGCAACCCAAAGGAUCAUCAAUGAGGUUAAUAGGACCUUCCAGGAGCUGGGCGUACUGAGGGAUCUUGGGGGAAUGUGGGUGGAGAUGAAGCCCAAACUUUGGAACUUCAUGGAGAACAGCGAGGAAAUGGACAUGGUCAGGACCCUGCUCCAGAAUAAUGCCAGUGCUGCCUUCCUCAAUGCCCAGCUCAGUGGGACUGAGUGGCGGACUUCAGAUGUGGGAGACUUCCUGUCAAAGGCCUCAGAGGACCAGAGACCUGCAAAGUCGGCCUACACCUGGAGGAAUGUCUUCAAUGAAACCGACCAGGCCAUACAAACCAUUUCACGCUUCAUGGAGUGUGUAAACCUAGAUAAGCUGGAGCCUGUCGCCAACGAAGAACGCUUGGUCAACAAGUCCAUGAGUCUUUUGGAUAACCAGAAGUUCUGGGCUGGAAUCGUGUUCCCCGACAUCACUCAGGCCGACAGCUCAGACCUGCCCCCCAAUGUCAACUACAAGAUCCGCAUGGACAUCGAUAACGUGGAGAGGACCAACAAAAUUAAAGAUGGAUACUGGGACCCUGGUCCCAGGGCAGACCCCUUUGAGGACCUUCGGUAUGUCUGGGGCGGAUUUUCGUACCUGCAGGACGUCAUCGAGCAAGGCAUCAUCCGAGCCGUCACAGGCACCAAAGAAAGAACAGGCAUCUACAUUCAGCAGAUGCCUUACCCUUGCUAUGUUGAUGAUAUUUUCUUGCGAGUGAUGAGCCGGUCAAUGCCUCUCUUUAUGACUUUGGCAUGGAUGUACUCGGUGGCCAUCAUAAUCAAGGGGGUGGUUUACGAGAAAGAAGCGCGUCUGAGAGAGACCAUGAGAAUCAUGGGACUGAACAAUGGCACCCUGUGGCUGAGCUGGUUCAUCAGCAGUUUGAUCCCGCUGCUGAUGAGUGCAGGCUUGUUGGUGAUGCUACUGAAGAUGGGCAACCUGCUGCCUUACAGUGACCCCGGUGUUGUGUUCCUUUUCCUGGGAUCCUUCGGCAUAGUGACCAUCAUGCAGUGCUUUCUCAUCAGCACCCUAUUCUCCCGUGCCAACCUGGCAGCGGCCUGUGGUGGGAUCAUAUACUUCACCCUGUACCUGCCCUACGUUCUGUGCGUUGCCUGGCAAGACUACGUGGGAUUUGGAGCAAAAGUUGUUGUGAGUCUGCUGUCUCCUGUGGCCUUUGGUUUUGGAUGUGAGUACUUUGCCCUGUUUGAGGAGCAAGGGGUGGGAAUCCAGUGGUCCAACUUGCUUGCCAGCCCUCUGGAGGAGGAUAGCUACAAUCUGACCACCUCCAUCUGCCUCAUGCUGUUUGAUGCAGUGCUGUAUGGAAUCAUGACCUGGUACAUCGAGUCUGUUUUCCCUGGCCAGUACGGGAUACCCAGGCCUUGGUAUUUCCCUUUCACAAGGACGUAUUGGUGUGGAGAGAAAGAAAAUAAAAACCUCUCCGACGCUCUGUCAAAGAAGGGGAAUCCUGAGGCUGAGUGCAUUGAGGAGGAGCCCGGCCACAUCGACCCAGGGGUUUACAUCGAAAAUCUGGUGAAGGUUUACAGUCAUGGAAACAAGCUGGCCGUGGAUGGACUGUCCCUGAAAUUCUAUGAAGGACAAAUCACCUCCUUCCUUGGUCACAAUGGAGCUGGCAAAACCACAACUAUGUCAAUCCUGACCGGAUUGUUCCCUCCCACCUCUGGCACUGCUUACAUCCUCGGCAAGGACAUCCGCAAUGAACUCAGUACCAUCCGACAGAAUCUGGGAGUCUGUCCCCAGCACAAUGUGCUUUUCAGCAUGUUGACGGUGGAAGAGCACAUCUGGUUCUACGCUCGUCUGAAAGGGCUCCCAGAGGAACAGGUGAAAGCUGAAAUGGAACAGAUUGUGAAUGAUGUCGGCCUGCCCCACAAACGGAAGUCCCGCACGAGCACCCUCUCCGGGGGCAUGCAGAGGAAGCUGUCAGUGGCCCUGGCUUUUGUUGGAGGCUCAAAGGUUGUGAUUCUGGAUGAACCGACAGCAGGUGUAGAUCCUUAUGCACGCAGAGGAAUCUGGGACUUGCUGCUGAAAUACAGACAAGGCCGCACCAUCAUCCUGUCCACUCACCACAUGGAUGAAGCUGACAUCCUGGGUGAUCGUAUUGCUAUCAUUUCCCACGGGAAGCUCUGCUGUGUGGGCUCCUCGCUUUUCUUGAAGACGCACCUGGGCACAGGUUACUACCUGACCCUGGUCAAGAGAGACUACGAUCUGACACUACAGUCCUGCAGGAAUUCUGCUAGCACGGUCUCCUACAGCAAGAAAACAGAGAAGGAGGACAAUGUAUCAGAGAGCAGUUCAGACGCUGGCUUGGGCAGCGAGCCAGAAAGUGAAACCACCACUAUUGACGUCUCCCUCAUCUCCAAUGUGAUUUUCAAGCACGUCUCCGAGGCUCGCUUGGUGGAGGAUCUCGGCCAUGAACUCACUUAUAUCUUGCCCUAUCAGUCAGCUAAAGAUGGAGCCUUUGUCGAGCUCUUCCAUGAGCUGGAUGACCGACUCACUGACCUGGGAAUAUCAAGUUAUGGAAUAUCCGAUACCACCCUGGAAGAGAUUUUCCUGAAAGUGGCUGAGGACAGUGGAGUGGACGCUGUUGAGCUUUCAGAUGGAGUUGUACCCACAAGGACACGUCGGCGUCAUGCAUUUGGAGACCACCAGAGCUGCCUGAAGCCCUUCACUGAGGACGACCUGGACUUCAACGACUCUGAAGGUGACCCAGAAUCUCGCGAGACUGAUUGGCUCAGUGGAACAGACGGCAAAGGUUCGUACCAGGUCAAAGGCUGGAGCCUGAAGAGACAGCAAUUUGUUGCACUGCUGUGGAAACGGUUCCUCUACGCUCGCCGCUCCAGAAAAGGCUUUUUUGCUCAGAUUGUUCUUCCAGCAGUGUUUGUUUGCAUUGCCCUCGUGUUCAGCCUGAUUGUUCCUCCAUUUGGAAAGUAUCCCAGUUUGGCUCUGCAUCCCAGCAUGUAUGGAGAACAGUUUACCUUCAUCAGUAAUGACUCACCUGAAGACGCUCACAGCAACAGACUAUUGGGAGCUCUGACAGAAGACCCAGGAUUUGGAACACGCUGCAUGAAAGGCGAGCCCAUCCCGGACAUGCCGUGCACAGCAGUGGAGGAUGAGUGGUCGGUGCCUGAAGUGCCUCAGAGUGUGACGGACAUGUUCGACAAAGGCAACUGGACCAUGGAGAAUCCCUCUCCCCUGUGUGAGUGCAGCUGCGACGGGCUCAAGAGAAUGCUGCCCGAGUGCCCCCCCGGAGCCGGUGGACUUCCACCACCACAGAUGAAAAUCAGUGACAAAGACACUCUGCAGAACUUAACUGGCAGAAAUGUGUCGGACUAUCUGGUGAAAACCUACGCUCAGAUUAUUGGCAAGAGCCUGAAGAACAAGAUUUGGGUCAACGAGUUCAGGUACGGUGGAUUCUCAUUGGGUGCCAGGAGUAAUCAGUUCCUGUCCCACAAAGAUGAAAUUGAUGAGGCGAUUGCUCAGCUGAGGAGACGCUUCCAUCUUGAAAGAGGAACUGCAUCCGAUCGCUUUUUUCACAGCCUCUCCAGUUUUAUCCAAGGAUUGGACACCAAGAAUAACGUCAAGAUCUGGUUUAACAACAAGGGCUGGCACAGCAUUGGAUCCUUCCUUAACGUGAUGAACAAUGGCAUCCUCCGUUCCAGUCUGCCAGCUGGAAAAGACCCCAGAAAGUUUGGCAUCACUGCCCACAAUCACCCACUGAACCUCACCAAGGAGCAGCUAUCCCAAGUUGCUUUGAUGACAACAUCAGUGGACGUGCUGGUGUCCAUCUGCGUCAUCUUCGCCAUGUCCUUCGUCCCUGCCAGUUUUGUGGUCUUUCUCAUCCAAGAGAGAGUGAACAAAGCCAAACACAUGCAGUUCAUCAGUGGAGUCCAACCCUUCCUCUAUUGGCUGGCAAACUUUGUUUGGGAUAUGUGCAAUUACAUUGUUCCAGCCACACUGGUGAUCAUUAUAUUUGUGUGUUUCCAACAAGACGCUUAUGUCUCAUCCACCAAUCUGCCAGUUCUGGCCCUGCUUCUGUUGCUUUAUGGAUGGUCAAUCACCCCCCUGAUGUACCCAGCCUCCUUCUUCUUUAAGAUCCCCAGCACUGCCUACGUGGUCCUAACCAGCGUCAACAUACUGAUAGGAAUCAACGGCAGCGUGUCCACGUUUGUCCUGGAACUGUUUGGAAGCAAUGAGAUUGGCGGUAUUAAUGACAUCUUGAAGAACGUGUUCCUCAUCUUCCCUCACUUCUGCCUUGGUAGAGGUCUAAUUGACAUGGUCAAAAAUCAGGCCAUGGCUGAUGCAUUGGAGAGAUUCGGUGAAAACCGUUUCCGCUCUCCUCUGGCUUGGGACAUGGUUGGAAAGAACCUGUUUGCAAUGGCCGUAGAGGGCGUCGUCUUCUUCUGCAUCACCGUCCUCAUUCAGUACCGCUUCUGCUUCAAGGCCAGGUCAUCCACCAGCCACCUGAAGCCUAUCGGGGAAGAGGAUGAGGAUGUGGCCAGAGAGCGGCAGAGGAUUCUGAGCGGAGGGGGUCAGUCAGACAUCCUGGAGCUCAGACAGCUCACCAAGAUUUACAAGCGGAAACAGAAGCCCGCAGUGGACCGGCUCUGCGUUGGCAUCCCCCCUGGAGAGUGUUUUGGUCUGCUCGGAGUGAAUGGAGCAGGGAAGACGAGCACCUUCAAAAUGCUGACAGGAGACUCUUUGGUCACCAGUGGUGAGGCCUACUUGGCUAGCAAGAGCGUGAAUACUGAGAUAGAUGAAGUGCACCAGAACAUGGGUUACUGUCCCCAGUUUGAUGCUAUUAAUGACCUAUUGACCGGCAGAGAGCACCUGGAAUUCUAUGCUAUCCUGAGAGGAGUACCUGAAAAGGAAGUCUGUGAGGUGGCAGAGUGGGGCAUCCGGAAACUGGGUCUGGUCAAAUAUGUGGACAAAUCAGCUGGCAGCUACAGCGGAGGGAACAUGAGGAAGCUUUCUACUGCCAUUGCUCUCAUAGGAGGACCCCCUGUUGUGUUUCUGGAUGAACCAACGACAGGCAUGGACCCUAAGGCGCGUCGAGCCCUGUGGAACGCCAUCUUGAGCAUCAUCAAAGAGGGACGAUCUGUAGUCCUUACGUCUCACAGCAUGGAGGAGUGCGAAGCGCUGUGCACCAGGAUGGCCAUCAUGGUCAACGGCAGGUUCCGCUGUCUGGGCAGCGUGCAGCACCUAAAAAACAGGUUUGGUGACGGCUACACCAUCAUCCUGCGGGUGGCGGGGCCGGACCCAGACCUUCGGCCCGUCAUGGAGUUCAUUGAAGAGGAGCUUCCGGGGAGUACGCUUAAGGAAAAGCACCGGAACAUGCUGCAGUACCAACUUCCCUCAUCCCUCACCUCCCUGGCCCGCAUCUUCUCCCUGCUCUCAACGAACAAGGACGCACUCAGCAUAGAGGACUAUUCCGUCUCUCAAACCACUUUAGACCAAGUGUUUGUAAAUUUUGCCAAGGACCAAAGUGAUGAGGACCAUUUGAAAGAUGUGCAUCUGAACAAGCGGGAUGCUGUUGUAGUGGACCUUUCCAAACUAAACUCUUUCCUUGUGGACAACAAGACCAGGGAGAGCUGCGUGUGAUCCCACGGCAUCCAUCAGUGGGAGUUGCGAUGCUUCACCCAGCCCCCCCUCCCCCCAUCUUAGAAAUAUGGACCACUAACUUGUGGGGGAGAGAAACAAACUAUGACAUACCAUUCGUUUUUUUUAUCUUUAUUUUUUAGUCUUUUUUUAAUUGUUAUCAUUUCUCAGUGGAGCUGCACCUCCGCUCACAGUCUCUUGCAAUUGCAAGGACUGCAAGUAUUGUGACAGACACUGAAACAAUGAAAACUCAAUGCAAAUCAAUGCAAGAAAUAUAUAUGUAGAUAUAUUUAAGAUGAGAAGUUAUUCCUGUGAUGGUUGGAGACUGGUGCUUCUCCUUCACUGGGUGGACUGGAAGAAAGAAGACACUUGAAGUGACGGCAGGAUUUUAACCCUGUGUUCAAUUGGAAGGUCUGGCUACUCACUUUAGUUGACAAGACAGACGGAGGGGAGGAUAGAAGCAAAUAUCUCGAGUGGCUCAUCCCCAUUCCUCAAAGUAGUAAGCAGUUUUCCAUGGGAUUGUGUAUGUGCUGCUCUCUGGAGUUCGCAACAGUGUAAAACGAGAUGAUUCGGAUCAUUCACUGCCAGCUAUACCAGGAUGGACUUGCUACUUUUUUAUUCAGGGUCAAACCGCUCUCAAUUUCUUUUUAUUACCAAACAGUUAUUUUGUAAUGAAAACAGUAAUUGAAAAAAAAAAAAAAAAUAACCCUCUCAAUUUCGUUUCAGUUACAAAUGUGCAAUCAUCUACUUGUUAAUUUGAAGAAAUUUCAUUCUCUACAUAGGUAGUUUUUUUGUUGUUUUAAUUGUUUAAUUGUUGUUUUCUUGUUGAACGAUUCAGAUCGCUAACCAAGUUUUCUUUUCUAUAUGUUUUCUUGGUGUCCUUAACAUUGUCCAGCACAGUGCCUAUACUGGUGGAGAGACAACUUUGAGCACUCCAUUAAAACCAACAGUGUAUGUAGGCUGCCGGUGAUUGUAGAUUAACGACGGCUUGCAUCAAAGCACAACAGAAGGCUUUUUUUGUAAAAAAAAACAAACUAAAAUGAUGAAAAAGCUUUUAAAUUGUCUGUCAUUGUCAAAAUCAAAACAAACCAACAAAAAACAGUAGUUCCUUAUGUAUGUUCAAAGUGUGCAGUCUGCUAUCAGGACUUUUUUUUUUUUACUCAGAUCGAACCGAAGCUGGAUCAGGGUGAACGCAGGAGGACUUUAGAUUCCUCACCAAUCAGGCUUGUCUGUGGAAGUACCAUGCAAAUAUUAUAGUGCAUGCUUUCCAUCAGGACUACACACUUUCUGCUAACAGUGCUUCUGUGUGUAUCCGUGUAGAUCAAAGCAUGCUACUAGAUCUGUGUUUGAAGCAGUCGAGAGGACUGUAUUCCUCCUCGGCGCUGCUGGAUUACUGGAGCAUGUGUACUUGGGGUUUAAACCCAAAUUAUUUUGUGAAAAAAACCACGAGGAAACUCAAAAUGCGGGUUUGGUCAAAGGAUAACAAAAUUAUUUUAUAAAAUGUCUUCGCGGGGAUGUGAUGGGAGACCCGAGACGCUACCAAUGUGGAUAUUAUGUACAGCAGCAAUUUUGUGACGUUAACAGUGGAGUGAACUAAUACUAUCUGUGCCAAAUGGAAGUGAACAUGUAUCUUUCAUCGACCAGCAUAAUCCUAAGGGGACAUGUGUUACAUGUGUUACAUACAGUUACAUUGCCAGCUGCGCAAAACAAAGUAAUGCACAUACAGGAUAUAUCAAAUGUGUGCUCUCAUUCAGUCUUAGCUAGACUGCAAAUUCAUUCAAUCUUCUAGAGAUGCUGCAAUCUUCUAACCUCUUCUGUCUAGAUCCGUCAACUGCCACACUGAAGACAAUUGUUGAGGUUGAGGUUUUUCAAACAAUCGUUUUUAAUAGAUUGUCAAUCAGCCAGACUGAACUUGAGGAGCAUGUCAAAUAGCAUUACGCUUGUAAUGCUUUAUAGUCCAAAUAAAUCACAUCCAGGGUAUGUAUUGAUGACGGAUUAAAAGUGUUCUGUCUCAUGAAAAAUCUUGGACCGAGUUUCCAUUAAAUCGGGGAUCUGUAAAAGGAGGAUGUGAUCCUUUUUAUCCAAAACCCCUCUGUUUUUAAAUAAAUAAAUUGAGCACUUUAUAAGCUUAGCAGCCUUCGUUUCAUCCAUGUAGAAAUAUGGAUUUGCAAGUGUUAAAACAAAUCUCAGCACUGGAACACACGGCAGACACGAUUGAGGGAAAAAAAAACCCAGAGCUAUACCACUGUGGUAAAAGACUGGUCUGAAACUUGAAAUAGAGAACGGAGGCUUACAUGACAGAGAGAAAUUAGUAAAAUGUUGAAAAACAGAGACAUUUUUGACAUAAUGAGAAAUGCAGGAGUGUACUAAGGUGAUUUUUCUCUUUUUCUGCUCAAUAUUAUUAUUUGUUUACAUUUUUAAGUAUUAUGUUUGAUGGAGUCUGUUACCUGUUGUGAAUAGUUAUUCUUUACAUUAAUAAAAAUUCAUACAUUUUGAAAUAACAGACUUUUCAUUUAAUUAUGUAUUUCCCUUUGCCUCUUAUGGUCGUGUGCUUUUAAAACAACGUUGGCCUGAAAACACAAAAGUUCACAGCUACUGAUUAACAAAAUGUUCACCGUGUUUGUGUCUGCUGAUGGCUACAUUUCUAGCGUUUUCCAAGGGGAUGUGUGUCUGUUUUCAUGUGCUGCAUUCCCACACACACACACGCUCACGCACCAACAAAAAAAUGAGCCACAAAUACGGAGGCGUGUCCACUGGCACCUGCCACUCAGUUAUUCAUCCACCAGCGUCAUGUUUGGAAGAGCUGUUUUCCUGGGACUUCUGCUCCUCUGCGUCACUGCAGAUGCAGUGGACACGUUUGGAUCCAUGAGACAGCCCUCUUGUAACAACAUGGAGCUUUUGCCUGCGUGCCCUCGGAUCUACUCUCCUGUGUGUGGCAACGAUGGAAUCACUUACGACAACGAGUGUACCCUCUGUGUGGAGAUACG